CCGCCCUCCUUCACCCGCCGCCCAACCACCCUCCGCCCCUCGAGUGGGCCGCCGACCCCGCUCGACGCCGAGGCUCGAAGUUGCGUCGCCUUCAGUUGUCCUUCGUUCGCUUUACUCCCUGCUCAGGUCUGGCCAUCUAAAAUGCUUUCAAAGUUCCACGUUGCAAAGCUUUUGUCCUGUUCGGCUUCUCAAAGAAAGACUGAUUUGUAUGUUGCUUCAAGUUGCUACUUGUGCAACUCCUUUUGUACUGUCACUAAGCCGCCUGAGAGAAAUGAGUCACCGGAAAUCCCAAGUUGGGUGAAGUUCCUUGAUGACAAGAGCCAUGGAAGUCCUGAUGCAGAUGAUAAUUUUGUGAUCCCUUCCCUUGCUUCUUGGGUUGAGAGUUAUGGGCCAUAUGGUCGUAUUGAAGUUGCCAAGGUUACAUCGAGUGACAUAGAAGAAAUUAAUGUUGAGAAAGUCUGCAAACUUUUGAGGAACCGGUAUUCAUCACCAGAUAGUGUUGUCGCAGCUUUGAAUGCUAGUGGUGUUGGUUCUUCAAGCAGUAUGAUUGAGCGAAUUUUGAAGAAAUUUAACAAUGAUUGGAUCCCAGCCUUUGGUGUUUUCACUUGGGCAAAACUCCAAAUGGGUCACCAUCAUCCAUCUGUGUUAUGUGAUCUAAUGGUUGACAUACUAGGGAAAUCAAGUAAGUUCCAUUUGAUGUGGAAUUUGGUGGAGGAAAUGAAGAUAGUAGAAGGUUAUGUUACACUGGCAACUAUGAGUAAGGUGAUUAGAAGGCUUGCUAGAGCAGGUAAGUACCAAGAUGCAAUAGACGCCUUCAAAGAAAUUGAGCAAUUUGGUGUCAAGAGGGACAUUGCUGCAAUGAAUGUGCUAAUGGAUGCAUUGGCUAAGGAAAAUAGUGUUGAGCAUGCCCGUGAAGUGUUUUUGCAGUUUAAGUCAAGUAUUCCAUGUGAUAUCCAUAGUUACAAUAUUCUGAUACAUGGGUACUGUAAAUGUAAACAAUUUGAUAAUGCAAGAAAAAUUUUGGAAGAGAUGGAGCAACAAGGGUUUGAACCUAAUGUUAUUUCUUAUACAUGUUUUGUCGAAUGGUAUUGUCGUGAACAGGAUUUUCAUAAAGUAAAUGCCAUUCUGGAUGAAAUGAAGAAAAAGGGUUGUUCGCCAAAUACGGUGACAUAUACUACUUUAAUGCAAGGGUUGGGGAAAGCAAAGCAACUAAAUGAUGCACUGGAGGUCUAUGAAAAUAUGAAGAGCUUUGGUUGUGCUCCGGAUCCCUCCUUUUAUAGCUCAUUGAUUUAUAUCUUGAGUAAAGCUGGUAGAUUUAAGGAUGCGUGGGCUGUAUAUGAAGACAUGGGGACGCAAGGAGUUAAACCAGACUUGUUGACAUUUAACACAGUAAUUGCGGCUGCUUGCACGUGUUCACGAGAAGAGACUGCUUUGAAGAUUCUUAAGAAAAUGGAAGAAGAUUCUUGUAAGCCAGAUCUCAAGACAUAUGCAUCUCUAAUAAAGAUGUGCUGCAGAAAGAAGAGAAUGAAGGUUCUUCAAUUUUUGUUGAACCACAUGCUUAAAAACGAUGUCAGUAUCGAAGUCUCAACCUACUCUCUUUUGGUACGUGGGCUUUGCAAAUCUGGGAAACUUGAGGAGGCUUGUUUGUUCUUUGAAGAAAUGGUGUUGAGAGGAAUAGUCCCUUGGGAAACCACAUGCAAAAUGCUGGUACAGAAGCUUGAUGGAAUGAGCAUGGGAAAACAAAAGGAGCACAUUGAGAAGCUAAUGUCAGUGGCGAAAAAGGGGGAGAAGAUUUAGUUUUGUUUGAGAGGAAAAAAGCUAUUCAGAUUUGUAUUAUUUGUUAUUAAAAGGAAUUUGCAGUAUCAAUGUCUCUCAAAUGGUUCCUCUAUUCUAUUAUUGGUUACAGAAGUUGACCUGUGCUGUGAAUAGAGUGUGGCAUUAGCAUGACUAUACAAGGUGUUAAAGUUAUAGGAAGAUAGUCCAUUUCACAUCUAGGCUCCUCUUUGUUUGGAAUUCAAUUGAAUGGCUGGAUGUGUUUUGACAACUGAUGCUUGCACUGUCAUGUUAGAGAAUGAAUAACCACUGGCAUUAUUCCUUCUGCCAUUUCUUCCUUUGAAUGCCUUAUAAUUUCAGCGUGGAAACUGUGUGCAGACAAUAGAAGUUAAAGCUUAAAAAAGGACACUCCAUUUUUGUCCAUUUAUAUUUUGGCUACUCUCCUAAUGUGAUCUGAUUCCGAGGCUGCAUAUGAUGUAUUUCAUGUGAGGAUUUCUUUGUAGUGUGCUUGAAGAAUAAACAGCCACUUGCAUCACUUUUUCGUCGUUUCACUGUUUUUAGUACUUGUGUAGAUAUUAUUUUUUUCUGCAUUCAUUUAGUUUUCAUCACGAGUCAAGCUUUU